AUGUUGAGCUGGGUCCAGAGGGUGCUGCCUCAGCCCCCAGGGACUCCUCAGAAGACCAAGACGGAGGAAGAGGAGGGGGCAGAACCAGAGCCUGAGGUGGAGCCGGAACCAGGGGCAGAACCUGAAACAGCCCCGGGGGAGGCUGAGCAAGGGGCUGAAUCCUCGCCACCUGAGGAGCCUUUGGGGGUAGAGGAAUUGGCUGUAGCUGACCCAGGCCCUGAGGACAUCCAGGAGGCUGCCCCUACUUCGCCUAUAUCCCUCCAGGCCCAGGUCACCGUGGUUCCUGAAGUGAACAGCAGUUCCAGCAGCUCUGUGCUGAGCUGGCUCAAGAAGGGCAUGGAGAAGGUUGUCCCACAGCCUGUCCCCAGUGGCGGGCCCACCCAGAGCGCUGCUGCUGGCCCAGAGGGUCCUGCUCAGGCAGGAGCACAGACAUCCGGGCAGUGCAACACUGGGGGCUCAGAUGGACUCGUGGAGGCCCCUGGGGCCCAGGACACCAGGUCUGGACCCUGGCUGCUCAGGUGGCUUGAGCAGAAUCUGGAGAAAGUGCUGCCUCAGCCCCCCAAAACCUCCAAGGACUGGAGAGAUGAGCCUGAAGAUGCUGCCUUGGGCCCAGAUUCUUGCUCUCCCCACUGCGUGGAGAACCCAGAACCGACCUUGGAAACUGAGCCCAUGCUGCAGGCCCCGGAGAGCCCCUGCAUGCCCACGGCAGGCCCCCCGGAGCCCAAGGAGGAGCUGACCUCAGAGCCCCAGCCCAGCUCCCAGGCUUCCUCCCUGCUGUCCCCCAGCGACCCUGCCAGGUUGAUGGCUUGGCUCCUGCACAGGCUGGAGAGGGCCUUGCCGCAGCCCACGCUCCACGGGAAGGCUGGGGAGCAGGAGCCUGAUCCCCCUGGGACAUGUGACGUGCAGCCAAUCUGCAUCCUCCCUGGAGGCCAAGAGGAGCCCGAUCUUGUCCUAGAAGAGGUUGACCCUCACUGGGAGGAGCACGAACGUCAGGAUGGCGGCACUGACCUGCAGGGCUCAGAGGCGGUUCCAGUUGAUGAAGAGGAGAACGAAGCCGUGGAGGAGAUGCCCAGUGUCCUGCUGGAUAGCUGUCUGGAGGCGCAGGCUGGUGAGGAUCCAAGUGGAGUAGACGGGACCCAGCCCCAGAAGGCCUUGCAGCAGGAGCUGCCAAAGGAAGAGGCCGUGACUGUCAGUCCAGAAGUGCCGGCUACAAAGGAGCUCCCGGAAGUGCAGGUGGAAGAUGUUGACACGGCCCACCAUCCCCUCAUCGUGGAGAACCCACCCACACCCGAGCUGCCACCACCUUCUCCUGCCAAAUCCGACACCCUCGCGGUCCCAGGAUCUGCCGCAGGGUCCGAAAGGAAGAGGCUGCUCUCCCAAGAUGAUGAUGUUGAAGAGCUCAAGGCACUGUCACCAGCUGAAUCACCCAUGGUCGCCUGGUUGGACCCGUCCAGCCCAAAGGGCACUGAUGGCCAGGAUCGUGCAGCCUCGGUGGCCAGCCAGAACAGCGCCAUCAUCAACGACCGGCUGCAGGAGCUGGUGAAGCUUUUCAAGGAGCGGACAGAGAAGGUGAAGGAGAAGCUCAUCGACCCUGACGUCACCUCCGAUGAGGAGAGCCCGAAGCCCUCCCCAGCCAAGAAAGCCCCGGAGCCGGUCCCAGAAGAGAAGGCGGCUGAGGCCGGGCAGACUGAGGAGGAGCACUAUUGCGACAUGCUCUGCUGCAAGUUCAAGCGCCGCCCCUGGAAGUCCUACCAGUUUCCGCAGAGCAUCGACCCUCUGACCAACCUGAUGUACAUCCUGUGGCUGUUCUUCGUGGUGCUGGCCUGGAACUGGAACUGCUGGCUGAUUCCCGUGCGCUGGGCCUUCCCCUACCAGACGCCGGACAACGUCCACCUGUGGUUGCUGAUGGACUAUGUGUGCGACCUCGUCUACCUUCUGGACAUCAUUGUGUUCCAGAUGCGCCUGCAGUUUGUCAGAGGGGGAGACAUCAUUACCGACAAGAAGGAGAUGCGCAAUAACUACCUGAAAUCUCGCCGCUUUAAGAUGGACAUGCUCUGCCUCCUACCCUUGGACUUGCUCUACCUGAAGUUUGGUGUGAAUCCUCUUCUGCGCUUGCCCCGCUGUUUGAAGUACAUGGCCUUCUUCGAGUUUAACAGCCGCCUGGAAGCCAUCCUCAGCAAAGCCUAUGUUUACAGGGUGAUCAGGACCACGGCUUACCUGCUCUAUAGCCUGCACGUGAACUCUUGUCUGUACUACUGGGCAUCAGCCUAUCAGGGCAUUGGCUCCACUCACUGGGUUUACGACGGCGUGGGAAAUGGUUACAUUCGCUGUUACUACUGGGCUGUGAAGACCCUCAUCACCAUUGGUGGGCUGCCUGACCCCAAAACGCUCUUUGAAAUCGUCUUCCAGGGCCUGAACUAUUUCACAGGUGUCUUCGCUUUCUCUGUGAUGAUCGGACAGAUGAGAGACGUGGUGGGGGCCGCCACCGCCGGGCAGACCUACUACCGCAGCUGCAUGGACAGCACUGUGAAGUACAUGAACUUCUACAAGAUCCCCAGGUCCGUGCAGAACCGGGUCAAGACCUGGUACGAGUACACCUGGCAGUCCCAAGGCAUGCUGGACGAGUCAGAACUGAUGGUGCAGCUUCCAGACAAGAUGCGUUUGGACCUUGCCAUCGACGUGAACUAUAACAUCGUCAGCAAAGUGGCUCUCUUCCAGGGCUGUGACCGACAGCUGAUCUUUGACAUGCUGAAGAGGCUCCGUUCUGUCGUCUACCUGCCCAACGACUACGUGUGCAAGAAGGGGGAGAUUGGUCGAGAGAUGUACAUCAUCCAGGCGGGACAGGUGCAGGUCCUGGGUGGCCCCGAUGGGAAGGCCGUGCUGGUGACACUGAAGGCUGGAUCCGUGUUUGGAGAAAUAAGCUUGCUGGCUGUUGGGGGCGGGAAUCGGCGCACGGCCAAUGUGGUCGCCCACGGGUUUACCAACCUCUUCAUUCUGGACAAGAAGGACCUGAAUGAAAUUUUGGUGCAUUAUCCUGAGUCUCAGAAGUUACUCCGGAAGAAAGCCAGGCGCAUGCUGAGAAACAACAACAAGCCCAAGGAGCCCAAGAGCGUGCUCAUCCUGCCACCCCGGGCAGGCACCCCCAAGCUCUUCAACGCCGCCCUCGCAGUAGCGGGAAAGAUGGGCGGCAAGGGGGCCAAAGGUGGCAAGCUUGCCCACCUGAGGGCCCGGCUCAAAGAGCUGGCUGCGUUGGAGGCCGCGGCGAGGCAGCAACAGCUGCUGGAACAGGCCAAGAGCUCGCAAGACGCUGCGGGAGAGGCGGGCCCGGCCGCCCUGGAACAGCCAGCACCGCCGCAGCCGGAGCCCCCGGAGCAACCAGUGCCCCCAGCCCCGCGCUCUCCGCCACCCGCCUCCCGUGGGAGGCCCGAGGAAGGCGGGGAGGCGGAGGCCGCGCCCUCAGAGCCCUCCGUGCGGAUCCGCGUGAGCCCGGGCCCGGAUCCCGAUGAGCAGACCCUGUCGGUGGAGAUCCCGGAGGAGAAGAAGGAGGGCGAGUGAGGCGGCCCCCAGCGCGCCGCUCCCGGCCCGGCAGGUGCCGGCGCGCCCUCCCCGCGCCCCAGGCGGGUCCCCAGCCCCGCGCCCGGCUCGCGCAGGCCCAGCUUCCCCGGGCACAGUAGAGGCUGUUGUACCUGCCUCGGCUUCGGCUUCUGCCACGGCUCGUCUUGAAGUCAACAAAUGUAGUGUUCGUGUCCCUAAGUUCGCUCGCCUGAGAACCCUGCCUCUCCCGACUAUGGUUUUGAAGAACAAAAUUCUCUUCCUAUUUUAAAAGUUGAUAGAGCAGAGAACAGGGCUCCAGCACCUGGGAAGCUCCGUUGGCGGCUACAGGGUUAUAAUGGAAUGUUGGAAUCUCAUCUCCCACAUUUCAAGGAUAGAAAACCUGCCGGCAGAUGGGGCGCCUGGCUUGCUCAGCCCCAUGGGGCAUCUGACUCUUGAUUUCAGGGUCCUGAGUGCGAGCCCCACGUUGGGUCUAGAGAUGACUUCUUUAAAAACCUUGUCAGCAGAAAGGGCGGUUAUGAUAUUCUUUGGACUAAAUGGGAAUCCCGGCUCCCCUGACCUGACGAUCCAUCCCGGGCAGUCACGUUAGGGAUCUUGUGCUCAUUAGGGAGGUUAGUGCGGAUUUUCCCCAGGCUGUGUUCAGUUCCCAGUCCGAUGCCAGUAUCUCAGAACAGAUA